AUGGACAUAAUUUGUUACCUGCUAGUUAUAGUUUUGUUCAACAUCCAGGCGUGUGGAGUUCAUUCUCAAUGUUUACGCGGGUGCAGCUGUGUUGAAGAGCGUCAUGGAAGGUCGCUCAUAUGUAUGGAGGAGAGCGCGUUUGGAGCCAUACCAGAGAAUCUUCCAGAUGAUAUGACCAAAAUACGCAUAGAAAAAUCUCACUUUACUGAAAUACCCAAAGGGGCUUUCUCUAAAACCCCCGCCUUGGAGAACUUGUGGCUGAACUUCAAUGAUAUCACAGUGAUAAACUCGAAGGGCCUGGAAGGUUUGGGGAACUUAACCGAGCUCCGUCUGCAAGGGAACAAGCUGCGUUCAGUACCAUGGACAGCGUUCGAGGACACGCCGGCCCUCAAGAUUCUGGACCUGAAGCACAACCAGCUGGACGUCCUGCCGGAGCAUGCGUUAAAAUUUUUGCCAGGUCUGACUUACUUAGACUUAUCCUUCAAUCGGCUAACGGUCAUAUCGAAGGAGGUCUUCCAAAACUGGCCCCUCUACCAGAAAUUACAGAGCACGGAGGAGAGGGAGGCGACCGCGUUUGUGCCCAACGUCGUCCUGGCGCUCCACGACAACGCGUGGCUCUGCGACUGUCGCCUGAAGGGCUUCGUGGAGUUCAUCAGGUCCCUAAGCCCCCCGAUUAUCCUGAUGAACUCCUACUUGACCUGCUCAGGGCCGGACUUUAGGGCGGGCAAGUUCUUUCAUGAGAUCGAGCUGCAGGCGUGCAUGAAGCCGGUGGUCAGCGCUCCUUCCGCGAACAUCAGCCUGCCGCAGGGCGCCAACCUCACCCUGCACUGCGUCGCCAAGGCGAGGCCGGACCCCGCCGUGUGGUGGACAUAUGGCCUGAAGAUAAUCAGAGGAUUUCAUGAAUCUCAGGAAAGAGUGGAUGAGGACACCAUCAGGUCCUUCCUGGUGAUCCCGUCCCUCCACGCGGCUGACCGUGGUGUCUACACCUGCUCUGCAGUAAACUUCAUCGGAAACUCCUCCGUCAGCAUCCUCCUCGAUGUCCGCUCUCCUGACAGCUCCCAGUCGCCGCUCUACCCCGGUUCACCGUCUGCACCAGGCGCCGGUGAUGAAAAUGUCUUCAUCGACAUCCGCAUCGCCAAACAGACAGUGCGUGGCAUCUCCAUCGAGUGGUACGCCACCCUGGAGCACCCGGCUGAGACCUGGUUCACCAUCCACUUUGGUUUCGCAGGCGACGAUAAAAAAGAAAUGAUCUACAUCGGCCCUGGGAUCCACUCUUACUCCGUCUCUGAUCUGAUGCCUGCUACAAAAUAUGAAAUCUGUGUCACCCUCAAGAACCAGGCACCACGUCCGGGCCAGUGCAUCGUGUUUGUAACAGGAAGUGACAUUACUGAGAUGGAGCAGAGGGAGAAGCUGAUUCAUAUAGUGGUGAUAGUUUUGGCAAUGGUGCUGGCGGUGCCUAUAGGGAUGUACGCCUGCACUACUGACACCAAGUUUACCUGUCUGGAGGGCAUCAUGGAGUCCUGGAAGAACCGGCGGAGAGAAAGAAACACGCCGGCGAUGGAGCGAGAGAGGCAGGGCACCUUCGACAGUCUGCAGGCUGCCAGCGAUGAAGGUCUGGUUAAUAAAGACUCCAGUGAAGACAGGAAGGUGAGGAGGAGGUCAGAUGACAGACUGCAUAAUGGCAAAGCUGACCACAGCAGACUCACAGCUGAACUAUAUUAA